AUGAAGGAAAGGAGAAAUCCGCAGCCGUUGGUGGUGAGAUGUAAACUGGUUCUUGUUGGGGAUGUUCAGUGUGGAAAAACUGCGAUGUUGCAAGUCCUCGCGAAGGAUUGUUAUCCAGAGGUAUGCGAAUAUUUGUUCUCCUGUUGCAAUACUGACAUUUUAAGAUACAAAUUCUAUAUGUUCUGCAAAGCUUCCAUAAUGAUUCAGCACAUGUUUCUCUGGAUUUGAUCAGCCUAAUAAAUGGCUUUUGAAAGUUACCAAUAAACUGACGAUGGAUUCAUUUCUAAUGGAGCAUCUUCCGCUUCGGCCAGGCUGCCUUUAGCUGCUACAUGAUGCGCAUUUCCAAUAAUUCACAGCUUUCACAUUGGAUUAUAUCAUAUUUUCUACUGUAGGCUUCUGAUCAUCACAUCACAUUGAAAUUGGUUUUAUAAGCCAGAUAGGAUCAUGCAUCAUUUUUUCCAUUCAUUUUAAUUUUUUAUUGGUCUAGCCUGCUAAUUAGUUUACACUCAAAUGUUUACUAUUUUCACAUUAGAAGACUGUAUUUCAUUUUAAUGUAAUUAUGAAAAUAAAUCCCAUCAGUGGUAACAGGGAGGAUAUUGACAGACUGUUAUGUUGUUCCUCUCCUCAGACCUAUGUGCCCACGGUGUUUGAGAACUACACAGCGUGUCUGGAACUAGAGGAGCAGCGCGUGGAGCUCAGUCUGUGGGACACGUCAGGUAACUACAACCUCCCAUCCUAUAUCAUCAUCCGAUAUCCACUAUCAGUGGUUCAGGGGUACUCCGGGCUGAGCAAAACGAACUUGGUGGUACAUUAAACAUUUUGAGAAUCAUUGAUCUAUAUGAACUGCGCCACAGUGGCCUACAUUAUGCCUAGCUUUUUGUAGCCCAAAGUAAAACCUUGUUGAGGGGCCCUCCUUCCAGCUUCGCUUUUGAGAACAGAAUAUAUAACAUUUGGUAUUGUGUACUAUGUCAUUAUUUGGCUCGCUUCCAAGGUACUUGAAGGUAACCUUUGACCCUGCUAUGCACUGAUGCAUUACUGACUGUAGAAUACACUACUGUGCAUUAUGACUGUAUCAUAGCAAUGCCUGAAAACAAAUUCAGUCCCAUCAUUUUGUUCCACAAUAUUUAUCUGUCUAUGUAGCCUACUGACACUCACUGUGUAGCCUGCAGUAUGUUAUCAUGCUAACUACACUGUAUAUGAUGCUAACUGAGUGAGUACACUGUAGAUUACAGUAUGAAAUGCUAACUGAGUGAGUACACUACAGAAUACAGUAUUUUAUGCUAACUGAGUGAGUACACUGUAUAUUACAGUAUGCUAUGCUAAUUUAGUUAGUACACUGUAGAUUACAGUAUGUUAUGCUAACUUAGUGAGUACACUGUAUAUUACAGUAUGUUAUGCUAACUGAGUGAGUACACUGUAUAUUACAGUAUGCUAUGCUAAUUUAGUUAGUACACUGUAGAUUACAGUAUGUUUUGCUAAUUUAGUGCAGCAUAGAGUCAUGGUGUCGGUGUAAAAGCUCCCCAGGGCCCUCCACUCUAAACCACUGACUUGAAAACAACUGACUAACGAUUAACCUGGAUCUGCCCUGCCAAGCUGCACCUGUUCAUAUCCCGCCAUGCUGCUGCCCUCCCUCCCUGACACACACACACUCACACACACACUCACACUCACACUCACACUCACUCACACACACACACACACACACACACACACACACACACACACACACACACACACUCACACUCACGCUCACGCACACGCACACGCACACGCUCACACACACACUCACACACACUCACACACACACACUCACACUCACACUCACACUCACACUCACGCUCACACUCACACUCACACUCACACUCACACACACACACACACACACACACACACACACACACAUUGUUUCAGAGUGAUUGAGAGUAUUUUAAAUGGACUUGCUGAUACCAGGCUUUGUAUUGUCAAGAUUUAUUAUAAGAUGAUUAGGCUAAACUGUACGAUACAUACAUUCAUUACAUUUUACAUUUUAGUCAUUUAGCAGACGCUCUUAUCCAGAGCGACUUACAGUUAGUGAAUACAUAUUAUUAUUAUUAUUAAUUUUUUUUUAUACUGGCCCCCUGUGGGAAACGAACCCACAACCCUGGCGUUGCAAACGCCAUGCUCUAUCAACUGAGCUACAUCCCUGCCGGCCAUUCCCUCCCCUACCCUGGACGACGCUGGGCCAAUUGUGCGCCGCCCACAUUCAAUUGAUAUAUGCAUCUAUAUUACAGUACACAGACAUUUUUUGCUGAAUAGACAAUCUGCAUUAUGCUAGUAAAACAUUGCAACAUCAUUAAGAAAUUAUAGAACAUGUCAAAUGAUUCCAUUGCUGUACACAUUCAUAGGGAAGCAGGGGAUAUGAGGAAUACAUAGGUUGGGGUGAAUUCCAUUUAAAUUCAGGAAAUAAAGUGAAAUUCAAAUGUUCCUAAUUGAAAACAAUUGGAAUUUCAGUUUACUUCCUGAAUUGACUGAAUUGAAAUGGAAUUGGCUGAAAUCCGCAGAAUAUCAGACCGAAUACCACGGGUAUGACAAAAAAUUACUAUUUACUGGUCUAAUUACGUUGGUAACCAGUUUAUAAUAGCAAUAAGGCACCUCGGGGUUUGUGGUAAAUGGCCAAUAUACCACGGCUAAGGGCUGUAUCUAGGCUGUACUCCACGUUGAGUCGUGUAAGAACAGCCCUUAGCCGGGGUAUAUUGGCCAUAUACCACACCUCCUCAUGCCUUAUUGCUUAACUAUAAUAUAUAAUAUAAUACACCCCAAAGUAGACUGCGUCCCUGCCCCUCCACCACCUGUAUGUUCCAAUAUUCACACUAGUAUACCUUUUAGAAUGUAUGUCCACAAUGCAUUGCUUCAUACUAUGUAUUAGGCUAGUGUGGAUAUUGGAACAGGCCUAUCCCACUGUCCUCUUCUUAUCUCCUUCCCUCCAGACCACUUUCCACUUCGACCCACCACUGCAGGCGUUGGCUAAUGAUUGAGUUCAGCCCCAGCCAUGAUAGGAAUGGUGACAAUUUUUCCCUUUUUAUUUUGUAUUUUUUCUUCUUACUGUAUACUCCCCAUCCAUGUUUCAUGAAUCAGAAAGUCUGUUGUAGUGAGGAAAGAGGCAGAGGGGAAUAGAAAGGCAUCUGGUUGUACGACAGAGAGAGAACAUGUGGCCCAUAGCUAGGAGAUAUAUUGUCAGUGGUGUGUCUGCUCUCUCACACAUGCCUGGAGAAAAGUUGACCAUCUCAAGAACAUCGUUAAUAGGAUAUAGCAGUCUUCUGACGGUUGCCAAAAAAAGACGACCUCCACACCCAGUGUUGUAGGGUGUGUGGCAUUGUGAGCCUGAGAGGAUAGCUCUACUGUGUUGUGUCAGCCUGUAGCCUGAGAGGAUAGCUCCACUGUGUUGUGUCAGCCUGUAGCCUGAGAGGAUAGCUCCAUUGUGUUGUGUCAGCCUGUAGCCUGAGAGGAUAGCUCCACUGUGUUGUGUCAGCCUGUAGCCUGAGAGGAUAGCUCCACUGUGUUGUGUCAGCCUGUAGCCUGAGGAUAGCUCCACUGUGUUGUGUCAGCCUGUAGCCUGAGAGGAUAGCUCCACUGUGUUGUGUCAGCCUGUAGCCUGAGAGGAUAGCUCCACUGUGUUGUGUCAGCCUGUAGCCUGAGAUGAUAGCUCCACUGUGUUGUGUCAGCCUGUAGCCUGAGAGGAUAGCUCCACUGUGUUGUGUCAGCCUGUAGCCUGAGAGGAUAGUUCCACUGUGCUGUGUCAGCCUGUAGCCUGAGGAUAGUUCCACUGUGUUGUGUCAGCCUGUAGCCUGAGGAUAGCUCCACUGUGUUGUGUCAGCCUGUAGCCUGAGAGGAUAGCUCCACUGUGUUGUGUCAGCCUGUAGCCUGAGACGAUAGCUCCACUGUGUUGUGUCAGCCUGUAGCCUGAGAGGAUAGCUCCACUGUGUUGUGUCAGCCUGUAGUCUGAGAGGAUAGCUCCACUGUGUUGUGUCAGCCUGUAGCCUGAGAGGAUAGCUCCAAUGUGUUGUGUCAGCCUGUAGUCUGAGAGGAUUGCUCCACUGUGUUGUGUCAGCCUGUAGCCUGAGAGGAUAGUUCCACUGUGUUGUGUCAGCCUGUAGCCUGAGAGGAUAGUUCCACUGUGUUGUGUCAGCCUGUAGCCUGAGGAUAGCUCCACUGUGUUGUGUCAGCCUGUAGCCUGAGAGGAUAGUUCCACUGUGUUGUGUCAGCCUGUAGCAGAGCAGAGGCUGUCAGAGAGGAGGGAAAAGUGGCACUUCUGUGACGUCAGGCUGUGGGUGGUGAAGGAUUAAUGGUAGUGGAGGUCUCACUGUGAUCUGCCACUGACAGACACACUCCUUCUUCCUCCCUCCAUCCAUCCAUCCAUCCCUCCUAACUCCCUCUCUCUCCAUCACUCUUUUUCCCUCCUUCCCUCCAUCCCUCUCUCUAUCCCUCCUCCUCCAAACCCACCCAUCCACCCACCUGUCCUCCCUCCCUCCUCCAGUUACUGGGGACAGGAUACCUAGGCUUUAGCUCAGCGGCUAAUACAGUCUUUCUGCACACGAGACCUAGGUUCAAACCUCAGUUGGUCAUAACAACAGGUCAUUCCUUAGGACAUUUCUCUCCUCCUUCUCCUCCCUUUCUCCAGAGUAAUUAGUCAGUAUUGAAUUGAAAUGGCUCCCCGGCCCCCUGUGUGCAUCAUGUCCAUCGGUUGGUGCAUUUAGAUCAGUGGCCGUUUAAUGCAGAGUCACACCCUGGGCUCCUCAGCCCAUGGCUGGCCUUCUUCUCCCUGACCAUAUGGGACGGACACACACACACACACACACACACACACACACACACACACACACACACGCACACCACACACACCACACACACACACACACACACACACACACCACACCACACCACACCAAACCACACCACACCACCACACACCACACACCACACACACACACCACACACCACACACACACCACACACCACACACCACACACACACACACACACACACACACACACACACACACACACACACACACACAACACAACACAACACACACACACACACCUCUUAAUAUUCCCUGGGAGGCAGAGGGAUGCUAAGCUAGCCACCUCCAUGCAGACACCGACUGGCACACUGAUCAUGAUAAUGAUAAUCGCCCCUCUCCCCUGCAUUAGUUCAUUUGUCUGAUAUUAUUAGUGUGUCUGUUCUAAAUGAUAUUAUAAACUGGGUGGUUCGAGCCCUGAAUGCUGAUUGGCUGAAAGACGAGGUAUAUCAGACCGUAUACCAUGGGUGUGAAUAAAAAAAUCACUUUUUAAUUUUAAAUCUGCUAAAUGACUAAAAUGUAAAUGUAAAUGCAUAAGGCACCUCAGGGAUUUGUGGUAUAUGGCCAAUAUACCACGGCUAACGGCUGUCACACCCUGGCUCUGGGGACUCUAUAUUUUGAGCCAGGGUGUGUAGUUUCUAUGUGUUUGUGUUUCUAUGUCGUGUUCUAGUAUUGUAUUUCUAUGUUGGCCAGUGUGGUUCUCAAUCAGAGGCAACGAGUGUCAGCUGUGGCUGGUUGUCUCUGAUUGGGAACCAUAUUUAAACAGUCUGUUUUCCAUUCGUGUUUGUGGGAUCUUGUUUCCGUUUGGUUUGUUCCUUUUUGGUUAUGUUAAACCGUAGGACUGCACGUUUCGUUUUGUUGUUUUGUUGUUCCUAUUAUCACUGAAGAUAAUAAAGAUUAAAUAUGUUUGUUCAUCACGCUGCGCCUUGGUCUACUCCAUACGACGAUCGUGACAGAAGAUCCCACCAUACUAGGACCAAGCAGCGUGUCCAGGAGCAGGCAGACUGGACAUGGGAGGAAGCGCCGGGAAAGGAGCUGGAGAGGUUGGCGAUGGCCCAGGUGGGCAAAGUGUGGUCCUGGGAGGACAUGCUCGGGGGAAAAGGGCCAUGGGCUAGGAUUAAGGCCCUGGCGAGAGAGGAGCAACGGUGUCAACAGUGUCGUCGUCGGACGGACGAGAGGCAACCCCAACAUUUUUUUAGGGGGGGGGGCACACGGCAUGGGCGGCUGGGCAGCAGGAGGCUGCCACAGGGCGAUUUGGGAGAUUUGGAGAGGAGGCCACCGGGUUUGGGGGGCCAGAAGGCAGGUUGGCGGAGCCUGGAUGGAGAGCAGAGCCAAACUCCCCGUACUCAGGCAUGGCAGCAUGGGACUGGGCAGGUUCCGCGGUAUGCGGAGCUGCGAACUGUGCCACGAGUGGUCCGGCAUAGUCCGGUACGUCCUGUGCGAGCACCCAGCACGUGUCGUGCGAAGGUGGGCAUGCAGCCAGGACGGAGGGUGCCGGCUCAGCGCUCGUGGUCUCCAGUGCCUCUCCUCAGUCCCGGAUAUCCUGCGCCAGUGUCACGUGCUGUUAUGCCAGUACGGGUACACAGCCCUGUACGUCCUGUGCGGAUGCCUCACACAGAGUGUGUGAAGGUAGGCAUUCAGCCAGGACGGGUUGUGGCAGCUCUUCACUCCAGGUCUCCUAUCCGUCUCCACAGCCCGGCCCGGCCUGUUCCUGCUCCUCGCACCAAGCCUCCGGUGCGCAUCGCCAGCCCAGCCCGGCCUGUUCCUGCCCCUCGCACCAAGCCUACGGUGUGCGUUGCCAGCCCGGCCCGGCCUGUUCCUGCCACUCGCACCAAGCCUACGGUGCGCAUCGCCAGCCCGGCCCGGCCUGUUCCUGCUACUCGCACAAAGCCUACGGUGCGCGUCGCCAGCCCGGCCCGGCCUGUUCCUGCCACUCGCACCAAGCCUACGGUGCGCGUCGCCAGCCCGGCCCGGCCUGUUCCUGCUACUCGCACCAAGCCUACGGUGCGCGUCGCCAGCCCGGCCCGGCCUGUUCCUGCCACUCGCACCAAGCCAGGGGUGCGAGUCGUCAGCCUGGUAAGGCCCGUUUCUGCUCCACGCACCAAGCCAGGGGUGCGUAUCGUCAGCCCGGUCCGGCCCGUUGCUGCUCCACGCACCAAGCCAGGGGUGCGCAUCGUCAGCCCGGUCCGGCCCGUUGCUGCUCCACGCACCAAGCCAGGGGUGCAUAUCGUCAGCCCGGUCCGGCCCGUUGCUGCUCCACGCACCAAGCCAGGGGUGCGCAUCGUCAGCCCGGUCCGGUCCGUUCCUGCUCCACGCACCAAGCCAGGGGUGCGUAUCGUCAGCCCGGUCCGGCCCGUUGCUGCUCCACGCACCAAGCCAGGGGUGCGCAUCGUCAGCCCGGUCCGGUCCGUUCCUGCUCCACGCACCAAGCCAGGUGUGCGCGUCGUCAGUCCGGCACAACCCGUGCCUGGGUCACCGGUGCCUGAUCAGGUACCGGUCAGCGGCUCCACAACGGAGCUUAAGCAAUCCGCUCCAUCGAUGUCCAGUCCAGCUCCAGCCAGCGGGGCCAGACCGGACCAGGGGCGCUACGGGGGGAUUAUUGAAGGGUGGUGGUCAAGCCCGGAGCCGGAACGCCUCCGAGGAGGAACGCCCACCCAGCCCUCCCCUGUUUGGGUUUUGUUGAGGCGCGGUCGCAGUCCGCGCCUUUGGGGGGGGGGUACUGUCACACCCUGGCUCUGGGGACUCUAUAUUUUGAGCCAGGGUGUGUAGUUUCUAUGUGUUUGUGUUUCUAUGUCGUGUUCUAGUAUUGUAUUUCUAUGUUGGCCAGUGUGGUUCUCAAUCAGAGGCAACGAGUGUCAGCUGUGGCUGGUUGUCUCUGAUUGGGAACCAUAUUUAAACAGUCUGUUUUCCAUUCGUGUUCGUGGGAUCUUGUUUCCGUUUGGUUUGUUCCUUUUUGGUUAUGUUAAACCAUAGGACUGCACGUUUCGUUUUGUUGUUUUGUUGUUCCUAUUAUCACUGAAGAUAAUAAAGAUUAAAUAUGUUCGUUCAUCACGCUGCGCCUUGGUCUACUCCAUACGACGAUCGUGACAACGGCUGUAUCCAGGCAUUCCGUGUUGUGUCGUGCUUAAGAACAGCCCUUACACAUGGUAUAUUGGCCAUAUACCACACCCCCUUGUGCCUUAUUGCUUAAAUAUAGGACUGAUAAUGUAAUAAUUUCAUAAUGUAGUAAUGCCAUAAUGUAAUAAUUGUAUAAUGCCACAAUGCCAUAAUGUGAUAAUGCCAUAAUGUAAUAAUGCCAUAAUGUGAUAAUGCCAUAAUGUCAUAUCAUCCUAACAUAGGGUUGAUAGACUGACUGUGUUUCCUGUAGAUGAUCCAGGUCCACUAGAUGAUGUUUGAAUCUGUUUGAUAUUGUUCAGGACAGGUAGCUCAGACUACAUGCUCUCUCCAUCACUCAUUGGCCAGGAGUGAGCUGACAAUACACCUUUAGGAUGAAAGCUGUCUUUUCUAAAUGCAUAGAUCCAGACAGACGUGCAUCCUGAUGCAACAAAGCUAGUCCUAUUGUUCCUGUACAGUAACUUCUCUGUUGACAUUCAGAACAUGGAACUACUCAGAUAUUCUACCACAGCUUGUCAUUAUUCCACACAGCAGCUGGUUCAUUCAAUCUGACCCUUUGAUAAUGUGGAGAAUCCUUGGCUAUUUAUUUACUGAUCUGUAUGCAGACACACAUGUUGUUUUGUUUUGGAGGCGGUGGUACAGUACCUUUUUCCUGUGUUGUUCUGUACAUUACAUUGUAAAUCAAUUAGCUUGGUUAUGUAAUAUGUAAUGAAUGGUGACGUUGUCGGCUAGUGUGCUAUACACUGAGUGUACAAAACAUUAAGAACACCUGCUCUUUCCAUGACAUACACUGACCAGGUGAAUCCAGGGGAAAGCUAUGAUCCCUUAUUGACGUCACUUGUUAAAUCCACUUCAAAUCAGUGUAGAUGAAGGGGAGGAGACAGGUUAAAGAAGGAUUUGUAAGCCUUGAGACAAUUAAGACAUGGAUUGUGUAUAUGUGCCAUUCAGAGGGUGAAUGGGCAAGACAAAAUAUUUAAGUGCCUUUGAACAGGGUAUGGUAGUAGGUGGCAGGUGCACCAGUUUGUGUCAAGAUCAGCAACGCUGCUGGGUUUUUAACGCUCAACAGUUUCCUGUGUUUAUCAAGAAUGGUCCACUACCCAAAGGACAUCCAGCCAACUUGACACAACUGUGGGAAGCAUUGGAGUCAACAUGGGCCAGCAUCCCUGUGGAACGCUUUCGACACCUUGUAGAGUCCAUGCGCCGACGAAUCAAGGCUGUUCUGAGGGCAAAAAGGGGGGUGCAACUCAAUAUUAGGAAGGUGUUCUUAAUGUUUGGUAUACUCAGUGUAUAUGGUGUACAUAACCAUAACGGGAAAGAUAGAUAGAUUGUACCCAUUAGAGACCCAUUGGAAGUUAUUUUUAAUCAGCAGUAACAUGAUUAUCCCUCUAAGCCUCUUAUUUAUAAUUAGAUGAAGAUAUGAGAAUCACCUUCCACUAAGGCCAAAUAUAAUCAAUAAACGAGAGUGAGAGGAGACUCAGGUAACCAAGGUGUGUGUUUGUGACUGUGUGUCUGUGACUGUGUGUUUGUGACUGUGUGUCUGUGACUGUGUGUUUGUGACUGUGUGACUGUGUGUUUGUGACUGUGUGUCUGUGACUGUGUGUUUGAGACUGUGUGCAUGAGGCUGUGUGCGUGUGUGACUGAGUGUGCCUGCAUACGUGUUUGCGUGCGUUUUCAUGCAUGUGUGUGCACCCCCCCCAACAUUGUUUUAACAGAGAAUUGUGUAGAGCGGUAGCUAGGUAGGUAGGUGGGCAGUAGGGCAGCAGUGUGUAAAAUGAUUGAUUGGCAGUUGCAGCCAGCCUUUAGGGAGGGGUGGGAGGAACGCUGGAUGCAGAUGGAGGAUUCCAAGGCUGUUGCUGUGGUAACGGUAGAGGGAUCGGAGGUAUUACACUGUGCUGAGUGGAGGGAAGACGAGGGGGUGUGUAGAGGGGGUGAGAGGGGCGAGGGGGAGAGAGAGGGGGGUGUUGCUUGAGUAUUCCGAGCACAUGAGUGGGAGCGUCUGCCUGCUCUGCUGCCCCAACCAGCCUCACCGUUCUGUUCCACUUGUUUAAUCCACUGAUAAAAAGAUACAUGUGGAUUUAGUGUCUUGAUUGUCAUCUUCUCCCACUCUGAAACACAAAUACGGGAGAGGAGGAUAAGAUAGAAGAGAAGAGAAGAGAAGAGAAGAGAAGAGAAGAGAAGAGAAGAGAAGAGAAGAGAAGAGAAGAGAAGAGAGGAGAGGAGGGGAGGGGAGGGGAGGGGAGGGGAGGGGAGGGAGGAGAGGAGAGGAGAGGGGAAAGGGACAGCAAAGCACAGCUCAGCUCAGCAUGAGAAGUGAUACCCCUCAGAAAUUAUCCCUGGUCUCUGUCCUCUCUUUCUGUCUCUCCCUCUAUGUCUAUGUCUCUCUCUCUCUGUCUCUCUCACUCUCUCUGUCUCUACUGCGCUCAAAUACAUGUUGUUUCUUCUUGGAUAUGAUAUGUCUCGUUUAUGUCUGAUGUGUACUAUAAUUUACCCUGGACAGUAUUUGGUGAGGGUGUUAGACCAAACUAUUGUGUUUUACUAUACGUUCUUCCCUUUAUUGCAUCUGAAUGUUGUUCUGGACAUCUGUUAACAAGUGUCUCUCCUCUCCUCUAGGUUCUCCCUACUAUGAGAACGUUAGGCCUCUCUGUUACAGUGACUCUGACGCAGUGCUCCUCUGUUUCGACAUCAGCCGCCCGGACACCUUCGACUGUGGGCUCAAGAAGGUAAUGGCCCCCAUCUCUCACUUUAUCUGUCUGUCUCUCUAUUUCUCUCUCUCUAAACAGUAUUCAUAACGGUCUGCAAGUCCUCAGAGAUUCUAUCUAUCCAGCCAUCAUAUGUCUCCAGCCAUCAGGCUCAAAUCAUCUUGCUUUUAUUGGGCUUUUCAAAACGGGCUAUUCAAAACAGAGACUAGGCAACAUAUUGUUGCUUUCUAGUUUAUAGAGUGCCUUGCAAAAGUAUUCAUCCCUCUUAGCGUACUUCCUAUUUUGUUGCAUUACAACCUGUAAUUUGAAUGGAUUUUUAUUUGGAUUUCAUGUAAUGGACGUACACAAAAUAGUCCAAAUUGGUGAAGUGAAAUAACUUGUUUCAAAAAAUUCUAAAGAAUAAAUAACGGAAAAGUUGUGCGUGCGUAUGUAUUCACCCCCUUUGCUAUUAAGCCCCUAAAUAAGAUCUGUUGCAACCAAUUACCUUCAGAAGUCACAUAAUUAGUUAAAUAAAGUCCACCUGGGUACAAUCUAAGUGUCACAUGAUCUCAGUAUAUAUACACCUGUUCUGAAAGGCCCCAGAGUCUGCAACACCACUAAGCAAGGGGCACCACCAAGCAAGCGGCACCCUGAAUAAUAAUAAUAAUAUGCCAUUUAGCAGACACUUUUAUCCAAAGCGACUUACAGUCAUGCGUGCAUACAUUUUUGUGUAUGGGUGGUCCCGGGGAUCGAACCCACUACCUUGGCGUUUCAAGCGCCGUGCUCUACCAGCUGAGCUACAGAGGACCACUGAAGACCAAGGAGCUCUCUGAACAGGUCAGGGACAAAGUUGUGGAGAAGUACAGAUCAGGGUUGGGUUAAUUUUUUUUAUUUGAAACUUUGAACAUCCCACGGAGCACCAUUAAAUCCAUUAUUACAAAAUGGAAAGAAUAUGGCACCACAACAAACCUGCCAAGAGAGGGCCGCCCACCAAAACUCACGGACCAGCCAAGGAGGGCAUUAAUCAGAGAGGCAACAAAGAGACCAAAGAUAACCCUGAAGGAGCUGCAAAACUCCACAGCGGAGAUUGGAGGAUCUGUCCAUAGGACCACUUUAAGCCGUACACUCCACAGAGCUGGGCUUUACGGAAGAGUGGCCAGAAAAAAGCCAUUGCUUAAAGAAAAAAAUAAGCAAACACGUUUGGUGUCUUCCAGAGAUUUGAGACUGGGACGGAGGUUCACCUUCCAGCAGGACAAUGACCCUAAGCAUACUGCUAAAGCAACACUCGAGUGGCUUAAGGGGAAAAAUGUAAAUGUCUUGGAAUGGCCUAGUCAAAGCCCAGAACUCAAUCCAAUUGAGAAUCUAUGGUAUGACUUAAAGAUUGCUAUACACCAGCAGAACCCAUCCAGCUUGAAGGAGCUGGAGCAGUUUUGCCUUGAAGAAUGGGCAAAAAUCCCAGUGGCUAGAUGUGCCAAACUUAUAGAGACAUACCCCAAGAGACUUGCAGCUGUAAUUGCUGGAAAAGGUGGCUCUACAAAGUAUUGACUUGUGGUGGGGGGGGGGGGGGGGGAUAGUUAUGCACGCUCAAGUUUUCAGUUUUUUUGUCUUAUUUCUUGUUUGUUUCACAAUAGAAAAUAUGUUGCAUCUUCAAAGUGGUAGGCAUGUUGUGUAAAUCAAAUGAUACAAACCCCCCCAAAAAAUCUAUUUUAAUUCCAGGUUGUAAGGCAAAAAAAUUGGAAAAAUGCCAAGGGGGGUGAAUACUUUCGCAAGCCACUGUAGCUAUGUGAUUUACCAGGUUCUUAGACUAUUUAUCUAAGUAUUUAUAAGGCAAACUACGUUUGUAAUUUGGUAAACUACCCCAAAUCGUGAAUUGUUCAUUAUCAUUAUUAUGAGAUAUUUACCCACAUCAUCAUUAUCAUGUGGGUAAAUAUCUGCUAUGUUGUCUCUCCAGUGGAAGACAGAGAUUGUAGAUUUCUGCCCAAGCACACGCAUCCUUCUCAUUGGCUGUAAGACCGACCUGCGCACAGAUGUCUGCACCCUGAUGGAGCUGUCCAAUCAGAAACAGGUCCCCAUCACCCAUGAACAGGUGAGACUGAGAUGACAUGCCAGGGUUUUCGUUAGCCAGUAAGAGACGGCUUUUGUCCGCAUAUAAUUUUUUUUUUUGCCGAUAAAUUGGCAAAAUUUGCCGUCGGGCCAAUUGUCCGGGAGAAGAAGAGAAAAAAUCCAUUGCGAAACAUCAGCUUUUUAGCCUCUUCACUGAUGGAAAUACAUUUGACUGGUCAUGCUUAUCGGUCUAUAGGUUAAUUUGCAUAAUUUAGUGGAAUUAAAUUGGCAGAUGUGUACAAUAGCCUAUAUUAUGUAGGCUAUCUUAUUUAUCACAUGCGUACAGCAAACAGAUACAGAGCCUUUCAGUGGAAAAUCUGUUAUACAGCGCUAGAGCUGUUGCUGCAUCUUGUGCUGCUUUCAAAAUAACUGGGAACUCUGAAAAAUACCAGGUCAAAUCUUGGCAUCGGUGAUCUUUAGGUCGGAAAGCCCCGAGUUGGAAUUCCGACUUGGAUUUUUCCCAGUCGGAGCUAGUUUUUUUAAAAAGUUGUCUUGAACGCACCGAUGUCGGAAGUCUGAGAUUUCCGAGUUCCCAGUUGUUUUGAAUGCGGCAUCAAAAGGCAAUGGAAGGCAGGCUUCAUCAGCACGUCACACACCACUUUGCAAUGAGCUGGAUGCAGUAUGCAUUUUGGAAACAUAUACUGAACGUUUUAAUACAUAUUAUGAGGUAUGUCUUACCUUGCUUCAAAGUAGCCUAUUAGAUCUCUUUCUAAAUUUCAAAUGAAUAUUUUCAUCUCUGUCACAUGAAACCACUUGCAUGUGCAGUGCCCUUUUGACAACGUUUUUUUCUUGCUAAUUGCAUUAUGGACCACACAUUCGCACGUAGCCUACUGCCUUGUGUGCAUCGGUGCGUUUAUAAUGUGAAGAAAUAGUUUAUCAACCUUUUAAGCGAAACGUUCUGAUCUGUUGCAUCAGACUCAAUACUUUUUAACCUUUCUUUUUAAAUGUAUCCUAGGCCUACUGGUUGGAUGAAUUUAGAAUCUAUCGUCCCACAACUGUCCCCAGAGUCUGUUUGGAAUAGGCUAUUUCUUUCUUGACAAGCUGACCAAUAGAAUAGGUAGCCUAAACGUUUUCUACUAUAGUAGAUCAAAUCAAAUGUAUUGGUUACAUACACAUAUUUAACAGAUGUUAUUGCGGGUGUAGCGAAAUGCUUGUAAAUUGACAUAGCCUAGUGAUUUUGCUGUUCGUUACUCGUCUUGUUGGCUGAGGAAAAGUAAAUGUGGACAGUUAUUCUAACAUGUUCAAAGUGCACAUCAGAAUUCGGUAAGAAGGACUGCACAUCGUUGCAUCCUCGACUUGCAGGUUCUGUUACUAUGAAUUACCAUAGUCUAAAUGUGAUUUCUGUCAUUCUGAGCACCGUGGGUGGACACCCUAAUCAGGUUACGCACCCAAUUUCCUGUCAGUUUCUCAAAUGUCCGGUAAACUAAAAUGUUGCCGGUCAAAUGUCCGGUGCCACAUUUUCCUAAUGGAAACCCUGACACACACACACACACACACACACACACACACACACACACACACACACACACACACACACACACACUCUGUUCAGAUAGAGAUGUAAUCUAUUGUAUAGAACAGAAUAAGCUCUCAGCCGCUCUCCUCUGCCCCCUCCUACCCCAGGGUUCCUCCAUGGCCAAGCAGCUUGGUACUGAGGCCUACCUGGAGUGUUCAGCGUUCACCUCAGAGAAGAGUAUCCACAGUGUGUUCCGUACGGCCGCUUUGGCUUGCAUCAACAAGCUCCAGCCCCUCCCCAAGCCCAGCCCCACCCGAUGCCUCUCCAAGAGGCUCCUCCAUCUCCCCAGCCGCUCCGAGCUGCUCUCCUCCACCUUCAAGAAGGAGAAGACCAAGAGCUGCUCCGUCAUGUGAGUGGAGACCCGGGACAGGGGGGGACAGGGGGUGUCGAUCCCCACCAACACGCUGCUCCGAUUCCCCAGAACCCCCUGACUAUCUGGUUCGGGGAAGGGGGGGGGGGGUUGGUUUCAUCACGAUAGCUUUGUCAAGAGAAGGCUCUUCUUCCAUGUUGAAUCCUUCCCCACCCCCUCCUCAAAGUGAAAUCAAUUCAG